AGAGGCCCCAGGCGUGUUGGAGACAGCAUCUUCAGGCUGCGAGGGGCCCCCAGAAGGUUCCAGGACAGAGCAGUACUCGCGAUGCUGCCCUGCCUCCCCCUGCUUCUCCUGAUGGGGCUGUCUGCCGGCACUGUGACAGCUGAUGAGGGACUGGCACUCAGAGCAGAAGCAGAGUCCUGGAUAACCUUGACCCUGGAGGAUGGUGGCAUUCACUUCCAGCUCCAGGAGGUGAAGAGGGGCAAAGCAAGCCAGUUCUUUGGGCUGAUGGGGAAGCAGUUGAGAGGAAUACCUCCUAUCCAGCCAGACAGAAGAACAGCUCCACCACCAGAGCAUCUGCAAGGACAAAUGGUGCAGGGCCUCCUGGGCAGGGCGGUACCAUCUACAGAAGGACUCUCGGUCCCAAGCAAUGGUGAUGCACAAAUGCACUGUUGUUGCAGUUGUGAGCUGAAGUGACCCUGCCCUCCCUCAGUGCUCAGCCCCCAUCUCACUGCUAAGCGGGGCUGUCACCCACUUCUAUGUCUCCUGUGCCUGGAACACC